AUGGAGAACGUGGUGCGGCACGCGCACGUGCACGACGUGCAGGAGGUGCUGGCGGCCCUAGAGGUGGACGCCACCAAAGGGUUGACAAAGAGUCAGCUAGCCAAAAGGAAAGAAAAGUAUGGACUGAACGAAUUAGAAGUAGAAACGAAAAAAGGAAUUCUGGAGUUAAUCCUAAAUCAAUUUGAUGAUCUUCUAGUGAAGAUUCUUCUUCUUGCGGCAUUCAUAAGUUUUGCAUUAACCUUACUCGACAUGCAAAGCCAUGAAGUAGCCAUUUGUGAUUUUAUAGAACCGCUCGUAAUUGUAAUGAUCCUAAUUUUAAAUGCGGCUGUGGGUGUGUGGCAAGAGUGCAAUGCAGAGAAGUCGUUGGAUGCAUUGAAGCAAUUACAGCCGACCAAAGCCAAGGUAUUGAGAGAUGGAAAAUGGGAAAUUAUAGAUAGUAAGCAUCUAACCAUUGGUGAUAUUAUCGAGCUAAGUGUAGGAAAUAAGACCCCUGCAGAUGCCAGAAUCAUUCAGAUAUUUUCAACCAGCAUUAAAGUGGAACAAAGUAUGCUAACGGGAGAGUCUUGUUCUGUUGAUAAAUACUCAGAAAAAUUAGAUCCCUCAUAUAAGAAUUGCGAAAUCCAACUGAAAAGAAACAUUUUGUUUUCGUCCACUGCAAUUGUGGCUGGUAGAUGUAUCGCUGUCGUAACCAAUAUUGGCAUGAAUACGGAAAUAGGCCAGAUACAACACGCCGUCAUGGAAUCCACCAAUGAAGAUACAGACACUCCUUUGCAAAUUAAAAUAGAUUCCUUCGGAAGACAACUCUCAAAAAUUAUAUUCGUUAUAUGUGUAACCGUAUGGGUCAUAAACUUCAAGCAUUUCUCUGAUCCCAUCCAUGGAUCCUUCCUCUACGGAUGUUUGUAUUACUUCAAAAUUAGUGUCGCACUGGCCGUCGCUGCGAUCCCCGAGGGUCUCCCUGCAGUGAUAACCACUUGUCUAGCUUUAGGCACCAGAAGGAUGGUCAAAAAAAAUGCAAUAGUACGGAAACUACAAAGUGUAGAAACGUUGGGGUGCACGACAGUUAUCUGUUCAGAUAAAACAGGAACACUGACGACUAACCAAAUGACUGCAACAGUAUUCCAUUUGUUUAAAGAAGCAACCGUUUUGAAAGAAUAUCAGCUGUGCCAAAAGGGAGAAACCUUCUUCUUCUACGAAUCAUGCUUAGCGGAUGAUGGACAAGACAAUGACUCCUUCUUCAAUAAACUGAAACAGGAGGAACGCUUAUCAAGUAAGAAGGCGGAUCAAACAUCCUACCAAAAUUCUUCCACCGUCACCUCCAAGGGUAAUAAUACACACUCCAGUAAGCACUCCCUCUAUGAUGGAGAAAAGAACUUUGGAGAAAGCGACAGUGAAAAGUAUGAACACUAUCCAUCAGACGCAGAAACGGAGAAGUCAUUAGAAAAGAUGCAUACGAACGUAAACACUAUCAUCAGCAGAGGUAGCAAAAUUCUGGAAGACAAAAUUAAAAAAUAUGCUUACUCAGAAUAUGAUUACCAUUUCUACAUGUGUAUGGUCAACUGCAACGAAGCCAACAUCUUCUGUAAUGACAAGAACGCAAUUGUCAAGGUUUUUGGUGACAGCACGGAGUUAGCUCUCCUCCACUUUGUCCAUAACUUUGAUAUCAAACCCAGCUCAGUAAAAAAUAAUGCCAUGCCCGCUGAGUACGAAAGAGCCUCUGGAAAAGGUAAAGGUAAAAAGGGAAAAGAAGAAAAAGCAACCUCAUCAAUUGGUGCGAACCACAUGGACGAAUCAAGUGGACAAAGAGACAACAAGGAGGAGAGUAAAUCCUAUCCAAGUGAGUGCAUAUCCGCAUGGAGAAAUGAAUGCCAAUUAAUUAAAAUAAUAGAAUUCACAAGAGAAAGGAAACUAAUGAGUGUUAUCGUCGAAAAUAAAAAAAAAGAUUUUAUACUUUACUGCAAAGGAGCACCGGAAAAUAUAAUAAAUAAUUGUAACUACUAUUUGAUUAAGAAUGAAGUAAAGCCACUUACAGAGGAGUUGAAAAAUGUUAUCUGCAGUCGAGUCAAGGGAAUGGGUAAGAGAGCCUUACGCACCUUAAGCUUCGCCUACAGAAAGAUGAAAAAAACCGAUUUAAAUGUUACUAACGCUGAAGAGUAUUUCAAACUUGAGAAAGACAUGAUCUACCUAGGAGGCUUGGGUAUAAUAGACCCCCCAAGGAAGUAUGUCGGAAGAGCUAUUAAUCUAUGCCAUUUGGCUGGAAUUAGAGUUUUCAUGAUUACAGGAGAUAAUAUGGAUACAGCGAAAGCCAUCGCGAAGGAAAUUAACAUUCUUCACGAGUGCGACAGUGAUGAUGACCUGGACCAAAACAGCAAGACGUCCAGUGGGGCUAAGAAUUCAAAGAAAAAAUUAAAAUGUUGCUACAGUGGAAGAGAAUUCGAAGACUUCCCACUUGAGCUACAGAAGGAAAUCUUAAAAAAUAAACAACGCAUCGUUUUCUGUAGAACGGAACCAAAGCAUAAAAAACAAAUUGUGAAAAUAUUAAAGGAUCUGGGAGAAACUGUCGCUAUGACAGGAGAUGGGGUCAACGACGCACCUGCCUUGAAGUCUGCAGAUAUUGGUAUUUCCAUGGGAAUAAACGGAACGGAGGUAGCAAAAGAAGCAUCUGAUAUUGUUUUGGCUGAUGAUAAUUUCAACACAAUUGUGGAAGCAAUCAAAGAGGGUAGAUGUAUUUAUAACAAUAUGAAGGCUUUUAUCCGUUAUCUCAUUAGUAGUAACAUUGGCGAAGUAGCCUCCAUUUUUAUUACGGCCUUGCUGGGUAUCCCCGACAGCCUUGCACCUGUACAGCUCCUCUGGGUGAACUUGGUCACUGACGGGUUGCCCGCCACGGCUUUGGGAUUCAACCCGCCCGAACACGAUGUCAUGAAGUGCAAGCCCAGACACAAAAACGACAAUCUGAUAAACGGCCUGACUCUGCUCAGGUACAUCGUCAUAGGAACCUACGUGGGAGUGGCCACAGUCUCCAUCUUCGUGUACUGGUACCUCUUUUACCCGGAUAUGGACGGCCAUACCCUCGUGAAUUUUUACCAACUGUCACACUACAACCAAUGCAAGGCCUGGGGAAAUUUCCGCGUCAAGCGGGUCUACGGCAUGUCGGAGGACCCCUGUUCCUACUUUUCCAUGGGAAAGGUCAAGGCAAGCACACUUUCUCUCUCUGUGCUCGUCGUCAUCGAGAUGUUCAAUGCCCUGAACGCGCUCAGCGAGUACAACUCCCUGUUUAAGAUCCCCCCCUGGAGAAACAUGUACCUGGUACUGGCCACGAUCGGCUCGCUGUUGCUACACUUCAUGAUUUUGUACAUUCCACCCCUUGCUAAAAUUUUCGGUGUCGUCGCCCUUACACCAUACGACUGGUUCCUAGUUUUGAUGUGGUCCUUCCCCGUCAUUAUCAUUGAUGAAGUUAUUAAGUUCUACGCGAAGAGGCAAUUGAACAAGGGACUGUCAUCCAAGCAGAAGCUCGAGUGA